GGGAGGGGUCAUGAUCCGGAGCAAAAGGUUCGGUUCGCCAGGAGAGGUUUCGUGGCUUUUCAUCGUUGGGUGUUUGUACUUCGGGUUUCGACGACUUCCCCGCGAAGGAUGAUAUUGUAUGGAAUGGAAUGGCAUAGGGGCGGUGAGAAUCUCCGCUCGGGCUCCUCUCCUCUGUCAGUGGCUCGCCUUGGCCCCUGUUCGCUGCGCCCAGGACCACGCUACCCUUUGCCUCAUGACGAAAGCAACUGGUCUCAGGUACAGAGUACACUACGAUGUAGGUAGUGGAGGGACGAAGGAACCCUUUCAUACGAGGAAAAGUUCGUUGGUAGUCGGGAACUUGGUCCCUAGGUCCCCUUCUUCCGUCCAGGCGGGUUACAGAAGAGGCAAGGAAUCGUCAGCAAUCUCCAUCUUUCCCCAGUGUUCCCCUGUUGCUUGCGAUUGUCUCCGGAUAUGUUAUUGGCGAUGUUCAUGCUUCAUGAUUCGCGCGAGGAUGCGAAAUGACCGAAUUCUCCAUAUUUGUUCUUGCCAAGGUCCCUCGGCGCCAAUACACGUAGAGGGGGGGCAAGGAGCAACGGGAGAGAAACGAUGACAUGAAGGAAGAAAAAACCAAGAGACCAAGGGACCAAACCCAAUGACACGCACUGUACAAGGUGUAACCCUUCCUACAUAUGCACCAAAGUCGCCUCUACGUAGGCAGUGCCGCUUCAGGCCGGGGAUACCUAGCGUUCGUGCCUCGCCCCAUCUCCGUUAGCUUAUCAGGGGAGGCACCUGGAAGGAAUAACCGUAGUGUAGACGGCCCAGCUUGGCAACUAUGGCGUAGGUAGUAGACAUGGCUUUUUGGCCCAGUGGGCAUGCAGCAUACCCCCCUCCUUUACGUGUGGUGAGACCGCUAAUCUGGCCUGCCACCUCAUCUCAAAAACUUGU